GAUCUGUGCCAGGCAGUACUCACUGAUGUCGGCUUCGUGAAGAAUGCAGGCAGACACCUGUGCCGUCCGUGUCAUAACCGUGAGAAGGCUCACAGUCUGGGGAAGUACAUCUGCCAGAAAUGCCAAGCCAUCGUUGAUGACAUCCCGCUGAUUUUCAAGAAUGACCCGUACCAUCCUGACCACUUCACCUGCAGUAACUGCGGUAAGGAGCUGACGGCUGAAGCCAGGGAGCUGAGGGGUGAGCUGUACUGUCUGCCGUGUCACGAUAAGCUGGGCGUGCCGAUCUGCGGCGCCUGCAGGAGACCCGUCGAGGGCCGCGUGGUCAACGCCAUGGGCAAACAGUGGCACGUGGAGCAUUUCGUGUGUGCUAAAUGUGAGAGACCAUUUCUUGGUCAUCGGCAUUAUGAGCGCAAGGGCCUGGCAUACUGUGAGACUCACUACAACCAGCUCUUUGGAGAAGUCUGUUACCACUGCAACCGCGUCAUUGAGGGAGAUGUGGUGUCUGCAUUGAACAAGGCCUGGUGUGUCAAAUGCUUCGGCUGCUCCACGUGCAACUCCAAGCUGACCCUCAAGGAUAAGUUUGUGGAGAUGGAUCUGAAGCCUGUGUGUAAGCACUGCUACGAGCGCGUGCCGGACGAGCUCAAGAGACGCCUGUCCAAACAAGACUCCAAAGACACGAGGAAGAAGAAAAUGCCCAUCUGUCUGUGACGUGUCUCUGUUUCGGCUGUUUUCUCCUCAGCGGAGCGUCACGUGAGAUCUGCUGAGACACUCCUGCAGCUGAACACCAGACAUCCAGCAUUUCUCCGCUUCAUCUGACUGAAUAGAAUCGGUCAUGAGCUGCGUCACAACUCAGAUCUGUGUUGCAGUUUAACAAUAGAAGGGUUCACGAAUAAAGGAAUGCAGAGUGUUGUCGUGCUGUUUUGACUUCUCACUUGAGUUCUGUUGGAUUGUAUUUUAUGUUUGGUUGUUAUCAGCCAGUUGGAAAAUCACAGAAUGUUCAACUGUAAUAAUUAGAUAAGAGAGUAACUGCACUAAUGCCAGCUCUACAUGUAUUUAUCAGUUCUUAGACAAUAAAUCAAAUCUAUUUCAUGAAGGCAGGUGUUUGGCGGUUGUUAUCUGGGAAUAACAUACUGCUGGAUGGCGCGAUUGACCAAUCAGAAC